GCACGGUCCACCCCCAUAGUUGCCACAGCAUCGCCAUUUUGUUUUGGAAAAAAGGUGUGACUCUUUAGCGUACGUCAUUUAUUUGCAUAUUCCACGCCUAUAGUUUUAUUUUGGUAAAUACGCUGUCACGGCAGCAAUGUUAUCUUUUAAUUUGAAAACGGAAGCGUCAAAGCGGAGUGACGUACGGCUAAACAGCUGGCUUGCUCGAACGAACACUGGGUCAGCUGUAACGUCGUCAGCAUGGGUUUUAUUCUCUCCAAAUCAAUGGACGCAAACUUGACUAAGCAGCAAGAGUUUAUGUUGCAUAAUUCGAGGCUCCAGCUGGAGCGUCAGAUGAUGCUACAGAACCAGAUGAGGGAGCGACAGAUGGCCAUGCAAAUCGCCCGCUCCAGAGAAUUCGUCAAGUACUUUGGCACAUUUUUCGUCGUGGCCUCCGCCGGCCUAACCCUGGGUGCCCUAAAAAGUAAGAAACCAGCCUUAUUGGCGCCCAUCUUGCCACUCAGCUUUGUAUUUGUCUAUCAAAUGGACGGCGCCUAUGGAACACUUAUUCAUCGAAUUCGAGGGGAAGCCGAAAGUAUCAUGGUGUCUGAAAAAGAGCGUCUGGACUUGCCUCACGGGACGCCGACCUUCGAUAGCAUGGAGAAGGCCCGACGCGCUAAAAGCAACCUCGCCUCCUUCUUGGAGAGAUAAUAAUCCCGUCCUCCAGAAAGACAGUCCAAUGGUAAAACCGUCCGUUCGCGCUUGUCCUAUUGUUACCUACUGCUGGUCUUGGGUAAAUAAUUAUUUUUUUUAAUGCUAUGUGGUACGUUGCCUUUCGCGACUGAAUUUUAUGAUCGAAAAUGAAAUUAGCAGCAAAUAACCCAAGUGCUAAACUUUGUUUUGCGUUGAAGAGUCAUCAGGUGAACAUCAUAAACUUUAAACACAACUUUAUUAAAAGUGCCUUUGGUGCACCUUUUUAUUCAUACUCGCGAGAUUGUACUUUGGGGCAUCUAAAUAAAUUAGACCAAGAUGGAAGACUGA